AUGCGCUGGUGUCUGCUCUCGAUGCGCGCGUCGACGCCGGCGGCAGCGCGGGACGUCGCCGCGAGGUCGUAUAGCAAGAAGAAGAAGCAGAAACAAAGAGCGGCGGCGGCGAGCGACGAAGACGGCGACGGCGACGAGGACGGUGACGGCGACGGUGGCGAGGAAGGCGACGUCGUGGAGUACGACGCGAAAGAGUGGCAGAGUAAAUUUGACGCGGCGUUGCACGCGUUGGAUGUCGAUUUGUCGCAGUUGCGCACGGCGCGCGCGUCGGCGGGGAUGAUUGAUCACAUUAUUGUCGAUGUAUACGGUGAACCGACGCCACUCUCGCACUUGGGCACGAUCACGGCGCCAAAUGCGCAGACGCUCUCCGUCACGCUGUUCGAUCCGAGCACCAAGCCGAGCGUGGAGAAAGCCAUCGUGAACUCGCCGCUCGGUUUCGUUCCCAAAGAGUCCAGUGAUGGUUUGAUCGUGCCCAUUCCAGCGAUGACACAGGAUACGAGGAAAGAGGUGUGCAAGCUCGCGAGCAAGCUCGGCGAGACGGCCAAGAUUGCCGCGCGCAACAUCCGGCACAAGGCGCAAAAGCGAAUCAAGCGCGCCGAAAUGUCGGAGGACGAUCGAAAGCGCGCGGAGAAGAAUUUACAAGCGCUCACCGACGACAUCGUGGGAAAGAUCACGCAGCGAUGUGCGGCGAAGGAGAAGGAAAUCAUGACGUUAUGA